CGCGGCGGCCGGCGGGGCAGGGCUGGCGCGGCGCGGCGGGCAGGCGCGCGGCGGGCAGCGCAGGAGGCGGAAGGGGCCGCGAAGGCCCCUCGGGCGCCGGGUGACGUGUCGGCGGGGAGCGGCGCGGCGCUCGGCGGCAUCAUGUCGAAGGUAACCUUUAAAGUGACGCUGACCUCGGACCCGCGGCUGCCCUACAAAGUGUUAAGUGUGCCUGAAAGUACCCCUUUCACAGCUGUCUUGAAGUUUGCUGCAGAAGAAUUCAAAGUUCCUGCAGCAACGAGUGCCAUUAUAACAAAUGAUGGUAUAGGAAUAAACCCUGCGCAGACUGCGGGAAAUGUAUUUCUAAAGCACGGUUCGGAUCUACGGAUUAUUCCCAGAGAUCGAGUUGGAAGUUCUUAACAUCUCGUGAAAGCUUUGGAAUAAGUGACAUUGCCAUGCAGCAAAGGUCUAUUUAUUUUGGAACUCUGAAAUGCAACUAAUUAAUUGGCCUUUUUCAAAGUUAGCAAAAGUGACUUCCCAGGAUUUGAUUUUUUUUAAACAGAGAUAAAGAUUCAUUCUAUUCUUAAUAUAUUUUAACUCGUGCACCAAUUCUUCCCUGACUAGUAGAAGAAUGGGCUGAUUGCAUGUUAUGUGCCUGAACGAAAGACGGACUUCUCUGUAUAGGUGUUACUGACACCACAAGGGUGACCACACAGCCACGAUCAAUAGAUAUUUAAAAUAUUGGAUAUUGUUGAGCCUCCUUUGUGGAACUAUGUUAUGAUUUUCCUAUAAUGAAAUUGUUCCUACUGAGAGCUAAAACUUUUUCUUUUUUUUUUCCUUUGUUUUUUAUCUAAAUUUACUUCCAUGUCAAGAGGAACGGUUUUCACAUGGUUCAAGUAUUAAGCUCAAAUACAAGGGAAAUUUCAGGGGUUUAUUACUCACAUAGGUAAAUAACUGCCAAAUGUUCCAAAGUAAUUGUAAGAUUUAAUUGUUGCAAGUAUUUUAGAUAAAGGAGAAAACAGGUUUCUAUAUGUUAAAACUUAAUUUGACCUAUUGUGAAGUCAAAGGCAGUUGUAGAGAAUGAAUUUAUGAGACCUUACCUCCUCAUGUGAAGUGUCAUCAGCUGAGAAAGAUUGCAGCGUUGUUUGGGAGUCUGUAGGUACUGGUCAAAUACAUCAUUCCUUUUUCAGUAAACUAAUACUGUUUCUUUCCAAAAGCCUUGUUGUGUUACUGCAUGUUACAUGGGAAACAGCGUAGAAUUCACUGAAAUGUUUGUGUUCAGAUUAUAUGUUUCUUGUUUAUAAAUUGCCAGGGGUAAACUAUCAGUUGUGUAAUUUAAUUAGAGAAAUUGCUGCUUUUUUUUGCUACUUUGUGAUUUAAUGUAUUUGGCAAAAUCUUAACCCUGUUGCAUUUUUUUCUGUCGUACUGAGUUUAACAGAAAGAACAAUGGGCAAUGUAGUGCUUGGUUAAAUGAGUAUUGUCACAAAUACAACUGUCCUGUGCAAUAAUUCUGCUCUGGAAAGAUGUUCAGAUGCGUCAGUGCAGAAGUACAGAAUGCCCUUCUGAGUGGGUGGAAGUUGAUCAUAUAGAGGAAAACUCUUCUGAAAGUGAUAUUUGACUAUAAACAUUUUCCAACUCUAAAAUUCAUUGUAAAAUUCUGGAUUUUCUUUUCUUUUAAUAAACAAUUAUAUGAAAAAGUGCAAA